UAAUAUUCAGGUCAAAUUGUAGAAUGAUUACCACGGGAGAAACUCUUAUAAUGAUAUUAUGAGCUGAUGUAACCAUUCAGAUUAUCGAACCGUGAUUAGAAGAAGAUGGGAUUUAAAGGGGCCAUAAUAGCUUUAAUACUCGGUGUCACAGCUGUAUAUUUCACAAAUCGAAGGACGCCAACAUUUGAACUUAUUUCACUCAACUCUUCAUAUGAUUACAUUAUAUUGGGCGCUGGAUCAGCAGGCUGUGUCCUUGCAAACAGACUUUCGGAAGACCCAGGGUCUUCGGUGCUUAUUCUAGAAGCUGGAGGUUCCGAGGAUGAAAACCAAAACAUUAGUGUGCCAAUUGGUUCAGGUCUUGUUCAAAAUUCGAAACAAGACUGGAUGUUUAAAUCUGAACCCCAGAAGAAAUCAUGUCUGGCAAUGCAAAACAAGCAAUCCUCUUGGCCAAGGGGAAAAGUACUAGGGGGUACAAGUAAUUUGAACUUCAUGCAAUAUGUCCGCGGCAGUCGCCAUGACUACGAUGGCUGGGCCAAAGAAGGGUGUAGGGGUUGGAGCUAUAAAGAUGUCCUCCCUUAUUUUAUUAAAUCUGAAGACAUACAAAUUCCAGAGCUUCAAAAUUCAGAUUAUCAUGGAAAAGGAGGUUAUUUGUCUGUUAGUGACGGGACUGUCACUCAGCUAUCAAAUGUUUAUUCCAAAGCAUUUGAAGAGUUAGGAUACCCCAUCACAGACUGUAAUGGAAAAUCGCAAAUAGGUUAUUGCCCCUCUCAAGAAACGACAAAACAAGGAGUACGUUGGAGCACUGCUAAAGCAUUUUUAAGGCCUGCCAUUGGACGCCAAAACCUACAUGUCUCCAUUAACUCUCAGGUUACCAAGAUUUUGAUAAAAGAUAAAAAGGCAGUUGGAGUAUCCUUUGUUCGAGAUAACAGGAAGUACGUCAUAAUGGCGAACAAGGAGGUGAUUGUCUCAGCAGGUUCAGUGCAGUCACCCCAGAUCUUGAUGUUGUCUGGAAUAGGACCAAAGGAACAUCUCAAAUCCAUGGGGAUCCCAGUAGUUACUGAUUUGCCAGUAGGCGAGAAUUUACAGGAUCACAUUAUGACGUUCCUGGAUUUUCAGGACAAUACUUCCAGCGCGGCAACUGAAGCAAAACUUCUGUCACCAUUAACUAUUUUAGAAUACUUGGCAUUUAAGUCUGGGAGGUUCAGCAAGACUCAUCUAGAGGGCACGGCUUUUUUCGCUGAAGAUAAAAAUCUCCCACCUCCACUUCAGUUUCACAUCUUCAGCCUUGCUCCUGCCCCAGCUCAAGUGGAUAUGUUUUUAAAUAACUUGAACAUAGAUAGAAAGCUUCGAGACGGAAAACUGGAGGAAUUCAAAAGGAACUUGGAGGGAAAUAGAGGGAUUUUUACUGCGCUUCCGAUUCUUCUUCAUCCCAAGAGUAAAGGGACCAUACGCCUUCAGAGUGAUGAUCCUUUCGAUCCGCCACUCAUUGACCCAAAUUACCUUGAUCACCCGGAUGAUAUCAAAACAUUUUUGAAAGGAGUUCGAGAGUUACUUAGACUUGGGGACACUGCAGCAUUUAGAUCAAUUAAUGCCUCCUCACAGGAUCCAUUGAAGUCGUACACACCUCAGUGUGACGAACUUAAACCAGAUUCGGACGAGUACUGGGUGUGUAGAAUAAGACAUUUUACAUAUACAGUGUAUCAUCCCACAUCCACGUGUCGAAUGGGAGCAAAGGAUGAUACAACAGCAGUGGUAGAUCCUGAACUAAGAGUGAGAGGGAUCCAGAACCUUCGAGUGGUGGAUGCUUCCGUCAUGCGCAAUGUACCGUCCGGAAAUACAAAUGCGCCAUCCAUAAUGAUUGCAGAAAAAGCUGCUGAUAUGAUAAGAAAUAUAAACAGUGUGAAAUCUAUUAGAGAAAGAACUGAUAAACUUUGAUUAAUGUUGCACGAGAAACAUUUUACUUGUAAUGAAUGGUUAUAUUGAAGAAAUGCUAUUUUAUAGUUUUACUUGGGGGGUGGGAUGUAAAUUUUAAGUCUUUUCUUUGAUUCAUGUAGGACAUACACAACAUAGUUUGAACAUUUUUGUCUCUUUCCAUGUAAUUCCAACACUUGAAGGAACUGUUUGUUGUCUAUAUUUUAAUUCUACGUAUGGUGUAGUGCAUGUCUUUUUAAAAAAAAGUUUUGGUAAAAAAAAACAGCUAGAAUAUGUUCAGAACUUUUUUGUAUAUUUUUCUUUGAAUCGUCCAAGAAUUUACCUCAAUUGAUAUCUUAAAAAAAACCUCGUAAUGCACGCUGACGAUUUGUUUGUAAACAUCUUAUGGGACUAUAAUUCUAAAUUAAGAAUAUCCUGAAAAAUUAUCAGUAGGUAAGGUACGUUGCGUACGUCCUUAAAGUCAAUAAUCUCGAUCAUGAAUUAAGGUACAUGUGAUGAUGAUUGAAUUUAAAUUGGAUUUAUGAUGCUACGUAUACAUGUGUUACAAGACUAUUUCAUAUUAUAAUUAUAUCACCAGGAAUGCUCAAUAAAAAAAAUUCAAAAAGUAGAUUUUAUAUUUACUGUACAUUUUUGAAAUAAAGUGCAAUCCUAUCUUUUA